AUGUCAAUUGUUUUCUUUUUUUGGCCACUUGGGAAAAUUUGGUUAGCUGCUCAUUAUCGUAAAAAAUUGUCCAAAAAAGAUAUAAUCAAAGUAAAUGUCUCGGAAUCGGUUGAGGCGAUUCUUCAAUCUAGGAUAUUAUUAUCUCUUCGAACUUCUUCUCAUCUUCUUUAUGGUAUUAGUUUUCUUUUAAAUAAGCAAGUUAGUUACCUGUUGGUAGAUGCAUUGGAAUAUGCCUACUGUGUCCCGCAAUUUAUUACCGCUCAAGGAAUUGAUAUGGAAGAACAAUUAGAGAAUAUCAAUGAUGUUAAUAUAUCAAUUGAUGAUCAUUUGGAAUUUAAUUUGACUCAGGAAAAUGUUGAUGCUCCUGAUCUUAGGUCGGCAAAUUUGGGACAAUUAUUGUUACAAGGUGAAGCCGCUGAGAUUCUCUGUGAUGAAUUUGCUGAGUUUGAUGUUCUGAGAAAUGAUUCUAGAGAAUCAGUUCAUGUUGAAGAAAUUCUUUUUGAUGAUCAUGUAUUUCUUGACGAUGGGUUUGGUGGACGAUUGGAUCAAGAUCCUACUACAAUUUUCGACCUUCCUGGUGUUAGACCAACUGGUAACUCAACAGUCGAUGUAUCAGAUGGACCUCCUGAAGAAGUGCCAUUGAUUGAUAUUUUUGAUCAACCAGCUCAACAUAAUCCGGAAAAUGAUGAAGUAGUUGAUAACAUGGAUCAUAUUCCCCCUCCAGAUAAUGUUGACCACCUUAUGGGAUCACCGAGACUUAAUCCUCUUGGUGCAGUUCCAUCAAUGGAAGAGCUUCGACAACCAAGUGCGGCAGAAAUAUCUGGAAAUGUUGGUCGUGAAGAAGAGCUGAUUUUGGAGCCACUUGAUGAAUCAUAUCGUCGCCCAAAAAGAAGAAAAGUUUGUAGAUUAAUCAUCGACGAAGUUAAUGAGAUCGCAUCGGACAUCAUCAAAGCAAAUAUUCGUGAUGCUCAGCAACCUGAAAUUGAAUUGGCACCAGUAACAAGGAGGUUGAUGAUUGCUAAGAAAACAUUAAGAGCUUCUGUCUUACUCAAGGCUCCAGAAAAAUGUUUCUCAUCGAUUCAAAAAAAGUUGUACCAAUCACAUCUCAAAGUUAUCACUGAAAUAGUUGAUCGAGAUGACGAAUCUACUAUAAUUGAUGACGUUAAUUUCAACGUAGGAAGAUCUCAAGAUAUUCCUGAUGUAAUAAACAACAAUUUCGACGAUGAUUUACUAAUGGAAGACAUUCCACCACCACCGGUGCCAGAUGAAGAGCCAAUAAUUGCCCCAGUUGUAGAAGAAGAGGAAGUUAUUCCAGUUCGAAGUCAACUACAACCAGAUGAUCCUGAGGUUCGACCUUCUCAAGAAAGAGCUGGAAGUCAACGACGUAGAAAAAGACGAAGAUUAUCACAAGAACAAGCUCGAAGAGGAACUGUCUUCGAACCAGAGGUUUUACAUCGUGAUUCAGACAUAGAAUUUGAAAGAACUCAAAUGAACGAUCCAAUUCCAGAAGAUGAUUUUCUUUUUGCAAGUCAAACUCCAUCAGAGUUUCAACCAACCCCUGAUGAUGGUUUACUUUCUCAAUUAUCCCAAACAUUAUCCGAACCCGUUACAUUUUCACAAUUAACUCAAGAUUAUAAUAGGAAAAAAGCUGCAUCAACAUUUUUCCAACUUCUUGCUCUACACAAACAACGAGUAAUUAUCCUCGAGCAACAUAAAUUUUAUGAAGAAAUUCACGUAUCCAAAGGACCAAAUUUCCGAGGAGCUUACGUUUAUUAAUCAAUUCGAGUUGGAAAUAAUCAACCUCUACAUUAAAAACUCUAAUCGUGUCCAUCAAAUGUUCACAAUUCAAACUACUCAAAGUCCUACAAUUCAUCUGAUAAUUGUCAUCAACUUCAUUAGACAGAUAGUUCAGUCAAUUCAUUAAUCAAUUUCACUAAUAUUUAUUUAUCAUUUUUCAACUCCCUCGUCAAGUUAAUGUAUCUAAAUAUAUUUUCACUAAGGAUCAAAUAUUU